AUGCCGAAAAAGCGGCCCUCGCUGCAGUCGAUCUUCGUCCCCUCCAAAUUCCUCUCCUCCUCCCAGCCGCAGUCCCCCACGACCGCGCCGAGGCAGCGCGACCCCGCGUGGCCAGACCCCCCGCUCUCCUCCCGCACGCGCGCGUUCUCCGAAGUCCCGCGCCCGCGCCCGCGGCCCGCGCACGCGCGGCAGCCGUCCUCGUCCUCGCUCGCGUCGUCCUACGCGGACCUGGUGCACCACGGCGAGGUGGACCUGCCCUUCCCCGCGCCGCAGCCGGGCAGCUCGCCGCCGUCCGGGGACCUGCUGCCCGACGACCCGUUCGCGAACCUCUCGCCGGGCGCGUCGGUGCUCGCCUUCCCGUCCCCUCUGCCGUCUCCCGCGCUCCCGGUCCCCGCGCCCCCGCCCCCGCCGACGCCGACGCCCAAGCGGAAGGAGGUGCUGGAGAAGGUGGCGGGGGAGUGGAAGGCGAGUGGCGAGAACGGGUCGCUCGUGCCGCUGGCCAUGGAUGCGACGGACAAGGAGAGCAUCAUGUACGCGCGGAAGGAGGUCGAGGAGAAGGAUGGGCGUCUGCACGUUCUCGUGAACAACGCCGGCCAGACAGGCCCCCGCUCGGGCUUCAUGAACGACCCGCAGGCGCCGGAGCGUAAGGACGCGGACACGUUCGGGCUCGCGCUCUUCGCGAACGAGGACAUCGAGGGCUGGGCCGCGCUCUACAAGAUCAACACCUUCUCGAUCUUCUUCGUCACAACCGC